AUGCCCAACAUUCCGGCCAAUGCUCGAUGGUUACAAAAUGGAGAAACUGUUGCAGCAGGAAAUGGACGCGGGAAUGCUACCAAUCAACUCUAUUACCCUUACGGCUUAUUCGUUGCUGAUAAUCAAACAGUGAUCAUCGCUGACAAUGGCAAUCAUCGUAUCGUCGAGUGGAAAAUAGGCGAUACGAAAAGACAAGUGAUAGCCGGUGGCCAUGAUGAAGGAAAUCGAUUGGAUCAAUUGAAACGACCGACUGAUGUGCUAAUUGACAAAGAGACGGAUACUAUCAUUAUCUGUGAUAGAGGAAACCAACGAGUUACCCGAUGGUCUCGUGCUAUUGGCACUACUCAUGGAGAAAUUAUUCUCGACAACAUUGAUUGUUUCGGAUUAGCCAUAGAUGAUGAGAGAUUUCUCUAUAUCUCUGACGCUGAAAAAGAUGAAGUAAGACGAUAUAAAAUGGGAGACACGAAUGGAACUCUCGUGGCUGGUGGCCAUGGAAAAGGUGAUGGUCUCAAUCAACUUAAUUUUCCAACUUACAUAUUUAUUGCUUCACAACAGAGUGUCUACGUCUCCGACGAACAUAAUCAUCGUGUAAUGAAAUGGAAUAAUGGUGCAACAGAAGGAAUUAUCGUUGCUGGAGGUCAAGGCCAAGGGCAAUCUCCGACACAAUUAUCGUAUCCUGAAGGAUUGUUCGCCGAUACAUUAGAUGCCAUCUACGUGGCAGACUACGGGAAUCAUCGAGUGAUGCGUUGGCUUAAAGGAGCGACACAGGGCACUGUCAUUGUGGGUGGAAAUGGUCAAGGAUUAGCACCGAACCAGGCUACUAAUAAAUCUUUACUUCGAGUGAAAGUUUGGAUUUAUGGUGGAGGUGGUUAUGUAGGUUCGACCUCUGAUCCAUUAUAUAAUGGAUGUGGAAUAGCUACAAAUGCGAUUGUCGUUUCAAAGAAUUAUCGACUCGGUCCUCUUGGCUGGCUCACUUUAGGACCUCCGGCAAGCUUUACAGGCAACUAUGGUGUCCUUGACGUUUUCAUGGCAUUAAAAUGGGUUCAAGAAAAUAUUGCUUCAUUUGGUGGCAAUAAUGUAUGA